AUGGCCUAUAAUGAAAAGCAGCUGAAGGCGUACCGGCAGCUCAUAGCAGAGGGGAAACCCUUUCGCAGCACCACAUGCCCCUACUGCAAUGGACACCGUGACGCUACCGUGAAGCACGUCCACCCCAGCACGAAGCCAUCCAGUGCGUGGGACUUCUGGAAUGAUGUGCUAGUGCGCAAGUACGCCGCGGUGCAGUCACCGGCCACUCGCGCAAACAUGGAAACAUCCGUUACAGACUCCUCGGAGGUGAGAGGAACUCCACGAAGUGCUUCCAAUGAAGCUAGUAAAAACGAGGCGGUGGUAGAGGCACAGCAUCUUGACGUCAUCAGCAGCCCUCGCAUGUUCGUUGUUGGUCCGAUGGUCGACCAGAGCGAGCUUCCGUUCCGCAUGCUGUGCCGUCAGUACGGCGCCACAGUGGCCUACACACCGAUGCUGCAUGCAAAGAGCUUUGCAGAGGGCGCCGCGUAUCGAUCGCACUUUCUCUCAGUGACUCCGCCGGGAGAAGUUAAAGCGGCCAUGGAGGCGCCAUUUGCGAGCCCCUCCGUCUCAGCCGGCGAACACUCCGGCGGCUCUAAUACGAGGACAGGUGUUGGGACUGAUGGUGACGAUGCUGUGGCCGAUGUCGCGCUUGUAGACCGACCGUGCAUCGUGCAGUUCUGCGGGAACGACCCGGAUAUUGUCUUGAGGGCUGCCCGGCUUGCUGUCCUCGGCGAGCAGGCAGCGGCAGGGGAGCAGACAGCUGCCAAUUACCGUGUCUCCACAGCUCCUGUGUACCCAGUGCCCGUACGAGUCAAUGGGUCGUCUUUAGAGGAGGAGCCGGUGCACCGCCUGUACCAGUGUGACGCGGUCGAUCUCAACCUCGGGUGCCCGCAAGGCAUAGCCCGCCGUGGCCACUACGGCUCCUUCCUCAUGGAGGACUGGGAAUCAAUCCACACCAUCGUGCACACCCUCCACGUGGAGCUGGAGGUGCCCGUGACGGUGAAGAUACGCGUGUUCGACCGCCCUGGGCACGCGGAGGCUGCCGAUAACGACCACGAAUGCGCCACCCAUUGCAGCCCCGCCGCCUGUGUGGAGGAGGAGGAGGAGGACGCCGCCGCCGCUGCUACUGCUGUUGUGGGCACCUUACCAAAGCCGCUGGAGGAGGGCUUUGACGAGGCUCUCACCAUCCUCUACGCCCGCAUGAUUCGAGACGCGGGUGCACAAGUGCUGUGCAUUCACGGCCGCACACGUGAGAUGAAGGGGCAGCAUACCGGGACAGCAAACAUGGAGCUCAUCCGCCGUGUGCGCCUUGCACUAAGUGGCACCAUCCCUGUCAUCUCGAACGGCAACGUACGCACCUACGACGAUGUGAUUGCUCAUCUGCAGGAGACGCGGUGUGAGGGCCACAUGUGCGCCGAACCGCUGCUGUGGGACCCGAAACUGUUCAGCAACCCUUCCCAGCCUGUUAUGCCAGGACGUACCCACAGCGCUGACAAAGCGACGCGACUAUCAGCGCUGCACACAGCGCUUGUGUACAUGCAGUGGGUGCGCCACUACCCAGUCGACAUCGGCUUCGUGAAGGCGCACCUCUUCAAGAUGUGCUUUCACAGCUACGAGCUGCACACGAGGUUUCGUGAGGAGCUGUGUCAGCUCAAGACCAGCAUCACAGCGAUGAAGAAGGUGGAGAAGUGGAAUACCAUGGGGGUGAUGGACACGAUGCAAGUCUGUGCAACGCCGCGAACCGAGGAGUUGACUGCACUUAGCUUUGCUGUGCAUGAGGAAGUGGAUGAAGAGGAGAGCGCCGCUGUCGUUGCGGCGGCAGCAGCGGUGCCACUGUCUCCUUCCGCCUUUGAGCAGCUCGUUGGCGCUAUCGAGGCGCACUUGCGGGCCCUAAUAGAAGCGGAGCACCGAUGCUCAGAGGCUGGCGCGCAGCCCAAGUCUGCGCAGGCGGAGAAGGCGAAGGCGAAGCAAGAGCUUGUCGACAUCUGGGAGGAGGGAGGCGACCUGGGUAUCGACUUCUGA